ACCAUUAACAAUGUACGUUACCAUACGUCGGUAUCUUACGCGUGGUGCAGUUUGUGCAUACUUUGAGAGAGAGAGAGAGAGAGAGAGAGAGAAGUGCGAGAAGAAGCUUUGUCCAUCCUUUGCAGUUCCAAUGAUGGUAUGAGAGAGAGUGGUUUUGACUUGCUAUAGGAGUUCAAAUCAUGGCUUCGUCCUCAGGAUCUGCAAGUGAUUUUAGUCUAGACCUUCUUCCUGUGGCUCUUCUCCAGACCAUCAUGUCCAAGCUUGACCUUCCCUCCCUUUGCUCUGCUGCUGCUUCUUGUAAAACUCUCAACUUUUGUGCCUCUCAAACUCUCCUCUUCAUUACCAAUUUCCAUUUACUGGAUAUUGCCCCCACUGUUGAUAUGCUUGAGAGAUUGCUUCCUCCAAAUCCUUCGCUCUGGAGUCUGAAAAUUGAUUGCAGUAAUCUCAAUGAUUCUUCCAUUGUUCAUUUGGCGAGACCCUCGCUUCGUGACCUUUACCUGCAUAAUUGUGGACGCCUCAGUUCGAAGCUUCUUUUAGAGCUUGGAAGGAAAUGCACAGACCUAAGAUCUGUAUCCUUAGAUUCCCUGGCUGAAGAACGAGGCAUUGGGGCUUUGCGCACCUCAGAUCUUAAGCAGUUGCUUCAGGGUUGUUCUCACUUAGAAUCACUGAGACUCAUAUUUGACAUUUCAACAUUUGGGAGUCGCAAUUUCCCUGAAGUAUUGGCAACUGCUUCAGAAAGGCUCAUGGUUCUCGAAAUCGGCUUUGCCAUGUCAGGAAUGGCCAAGGAAACUUUUUCUAGAAAAUCAGGGGUCAGCCAAUAUCCCUUGAGCCCAUCUGUGUUUCCAUGUCUUCAAAAACUAUGUCUAGGCGUGGAUAUCAUCACCGACUCUUUAAUAUGCACGAUUUCUAGGUCUCUUGUGUCCUUAACCCAUCUCGACCUUCAUGAUGCACCCUUUGUGGAACCCCUAGCUCCAUUCGAUCUCACCAACAUGGGCAUGCAACAAAUCAAUCCGUACAAGAAACUCAAGCACCUCUCUCUUGUUAGAAGCCAGGAAUUUGCACCAGCCUACUUCAGGCGAGUCAAUGACCUUGGUGUUCUUUUAAUGGUGGAGGCCUGUGCUGACUAUGAAAGCAUCUAUCUCGGGGGCUUUUCUCGGAUAACUGACACAGGCUUGAGGGCUAUCUUGCACUCUUGCCCGAAACUCCACAAAGUCAAGGUGUGGAAUGGGACCCGCCUAACUGACCUGGUUUUUCACGAUAUCUCAGCUACCCCACUUGCCCUAACCCACGUAGGACUAAGAUCGUGCAAUCUCAUAACUAAUGCCUCCAUUAUCCAGUUAGCAUCUAACCGUGAUCUCAGCACUUUGGACUUUAGAGGCUGCCGAGGAGUCGGAGAUCGGGCCCUGAAUGCUAUAUGCACUCUACCCAAGUUGAAGGCUUUAUUGCUCGAUGGCUGUGAUAUCAGUGAUGUGGGGUUGUCUUAUUUGGGUUAUGGGUUGACCUCCUUGGUCUCGUUAUCUCUUAGAGGGUGCAAGAGGAUUACCGAUGAGGGAAUUCUGGCUUUAUUUGUCGGCUCUCUCAAGCAAACCAUCCAAGUAUUGGACCUCUCAUAUAUAUCCAAUGUAUCUGACAAUGGAAUACUCUCGCUAGUGAGAAGCGGCGUGCAGAUUGUUGAACUAAGGGUUCGUGGGUGCCCACUUAUUGGGGACACAUCAGUCAUGGCUUUGGCUUCAAUGCGAUCAGAGAGUGGAGGCUAUGGAAGCAGUAUGCAAGUUUUGGAUCUUCACAACAGUGGGAGGAUAACUAGACUUGCGGUUCGGUGGUUUAAGAAGCCUUAUUUCCCUAGAUUGAGAUGGUUGGGCCUUACAGGUGGGGUGCAUCAAGAUUUGGUGGAUUCCUUGAAGAUAAGUCGCCCUUUCCUGCGUGUAGCUUUGGGAGAAGAGCUUGGCGCUGGACAGUGGGAUCCAUGGGAUGGGCUUCACAGCGAUGAGCUUGAAGAGGUGGAUGAGUUGGAGCAGUGGUUGCUUGAUGUUGAAGGUGAUGAGGACUGAAUGGAACUUGAAGGGCUAUCGUUGCAUGAUGGUGUGGGAAUAGAGUAAUGUUGGAGGAUACUGGCGGGUGCUGGUACUUGUUGUUUUGUUUCUCUCUCUCUAUUUAUGCAUCGUAUGUUGCAAAUUAAUGUUGCAGGAAGGUAGAGAUAUGCUAUUCCAUUGUAAUUUUAUAUUGUACACUCUCUCCAUUGUUAUCUUCUUUCUCUUUCUCUCUC